UUAAAAGAACGACGGGCAGAUGUGCGACGUCUGUCGGAAGUUUAAUAAAGUACACACUAGACUUGCGACUGUAGUAGAACUAGCAGUCCACGGCGUAAAAAAAUAAACCGUACACACAUCAUACGUACAUACUAAAUACAUACUACAUACUACAGUGGUUACUAUACCUCGCAGGAGCUAAGUUAUAACCAGUUGCCAGAGCCACAGACGGAUUUUAAAAAACAAUGGAUGGAAAUAGUGUUCAUCUUUGUAUGGAUUGGGCGUCGCUAUGACGCAAGUACAAGGUGCGCGAAAGUCGUAGUGAUCUGCUGGCUCGAGAUCUCAACUCUCAACAUUAUUAUUAUCAUCAUUAUUAUUGUACACAUAUAUUUUAUUUUAUUUAAAUUGUGUACUUGCACCUACGGCAAUGGAGUCCAUCAGAAAAUGGUUCUACAGACCUAAGAGAGACGAUACGAGUUUACUGGCUCAAUUUUUCUACGCUAACGAAGCUCUCACAGCAGUAGCUUGCGAGCUGGACUCAUUCGACGGUCGACAGGAGCCAGAGCGUUGCACAACCCUGGUAAACCAGUUACGGCAUUGUCAGGACAAAGUUUUAACGAUCUGCAAUCAAAUAAUGGACGAGCUGAUACCGGACAGCCGAGCGAACCGGGAUUUUCGCGUUAAAUUCCCGGACGACGUGAUGCAGGAGAAUUUGGCGGGUCAGCUUUGGUUCGGCGCCGAGUGUCUGGCCGCGGGCUCAUCAAUAAUGAACCGCGAGGUUGAAAGUUCAGCGAUGAGACCUUUAGCCAAAGCACUCACUAAAUCUCUCGAAAUAGUGCGCAAUCUUUUGCGAGAGCACGCGCUCAAAGGUCACAUGAAUUUAAAGGAGCUGUUUCAAGUACACAAUCCUAUGGAGACGGAAAAAUUGAUCGAGUCGCUGAAAAUAUUCGACAGAUUGUUUGCCGAUUUCGAGCUCUGCUACGUCGCGGCAAUGGUGCCAGUUAAGUCGACAAAGGAGUACGAGCAGCAGGAAUUAGUCUGUGUUUUGUUCUCGGAAACACUCCAGAGAGCUCUAGAGCGCGGGUUGCUAAAUCAAGCUGAUGUCGACAACUAUGACCCUGCUCUAAUGUUUACCAUUCCGAGGCUUGCUAUUGUUUCUGGGCUCUUGGCUCCUCCUGGUGGUCCUCUGUGCCUGAAUUCUGCUGAUACAAUCAGUGAAAUGUUUAGACCAUUUAGAAAUCUUUUGUUAAAAAUCCGCGAACUCCUCUGGACCCUGAACAACCGCGAGCUGUACAUGCUCGAAAAGCUCCUGUGCUCAAACGAAGAACCAUCUGUCCCAAUAUCCCCCUCAACACGCAACGCCUGCCAGCACGAGCUCGAAAACUUCGUCCACAAUUUCUACUCCGACUACCCAAACUGCAAAAACUUCGUCGUAGAUUUUUACACCGUGACCAAAAACAAUGGCACGAACAUGGACGAAGUGGCUAAUGAUGUGGUCGAAAUAAUGACCCAGGAGAGCAAGGUGGGAGUUAAUGUUAAAGGUGAAAGAAAAUUACAGCAAGCUGUAUCUGUAUCAGGUAACAGCGAGGAUGAGGAUAAUCACCGUAGUAUUAUCACCACAACAGUGGCCGCGUAUCCACACGCCUAUUCGUCAUUGUUAAAUGGAGGAGAAUCAAGUUUGCGAGUGGUAAUUGAUGAUGAUGAUAAUGGCAAUACUAACACUAACGCUAAUACUAAUGCCGAUUCCGAUAGCCGUCGUCGUCAAGAUCACCUGUUAAUUAAUUCAGUAAAUCGACGAGAAACAGCCUCAGUACUCCCGAUAAACGAGGAUCAAAGAGCCGAUAGAUUCCAUCACAAUCAUAAUUCCAAUAGUAAACUUACAGCGCAAUUAAUUUCUACGACUACUAAUCCAGCUAAUAGUAACAGUACCGAACAGUCUGGUCUUGAUUUUAAUUCAACAGAGUCUCAUUACACUGAAAGUAAUGAAUCAUUACAAUACCAAGAUGACCAAAUAGGAAAUAAAAAUAAUGAUAAUACCCCAGAUAAUUUUUAUAAUAAUAAUAAUGAUAAUAUGUCGAGUCAAAAUCAGAGUCUCAGUACAAAUGUUAAUGUUGACUUGCCACAAAAUUAUCUUAUUACACAUGAUAAUAAUAAUAUUACAGAUGAUAAUUCGCUUGUUGAUAAUAAAGCUAAGAAACUUAUUUCAGAAGCUAAUAAAACUCUUUCUAAUUUAUUAUUAGAAGAUUGCGGUAAUGAAAUAUCAGAACAAACUGACUCGGGUAUUUGCACAGUUAUUUCUUCAGAAAAUACCAGUUUGUAUGAUAAGAGCCCGGAAGAAAAAAAAACUUUUGCCAAUGAAAUACAAGAUGAUAAAAAUUUAAGCUCGACUUCGGAGUCUUGUGUUUGUCCCUUAAGAUGUAAUAAUUGUGUUUCCAAUAGUAGUAAUAGUAAUUGUAAUUGUAAUAGUGAGUCGUCCAAAAUAUCCGAUAGAAUAUCAUCAAAUUUUAACGGAACCAAUGAAGAAUUUGUGGGUGUGGCUUAUGGAAACGGACAGGUGUCUGUCUGUGACUCUAACACUUCAAUACAAAUAAAUUACUCGGACAAUUGGGAGAAUUUAAAUCUAAAUAUAAACCCAUCAACAGCAGCUACGACCAAAGAAUUCUGGCAGGAUAUUAAAUGCAAAAAUUGUCCGUCUACGUCACACCAGGAUAUAAAUAAUAAAAUAGGAAGUAAUAUCGAGCGAUACGCCCAGCACAAAAUGUCAGUGCGUAAGGCCAAAGAAUUUAAAUUAAAAAAACGACAGCGAAGAUUUGAGCGGAAAAUAGUUAAAAAAAAUCACAAUAGUGUCCAGGAAAAAUUGGCAUAUAAUUUGUCAUUAAGUACUGAGAGCUCGAGGUCUAAUUCUGUGGAUCGGUGUGUUAAUCCGAGGCUGACGAGCUAUGGAGGAUCUUUGCAUCCCACGCAGAAUAAUAUGAGGCAGAUGCCUAAUUUUAGCAAUCAUCAUCACAGCCCUCGGAGGAGCAGCUCGCGUUUGAAUUGCCAGUUUGAGUCCUCGCGCAAUGAUAUGUCGCAGAAGAAUCACAAUCUGGGACAGAGAAAUAAUUCUAGCGGGUUGUCGCCGCCCAAUCGCAAGCUGCUGGACCACAGGAGGUCCAGGGCUGAGCAGAUAACUAAGAUGAGGAAGAAUUUUAGUGAGAAAAAUAAGGAAGAGAUGCCUAAUGAUGGGCUAGGUCGCAGGACGGAUAAAACUGGGAUUAUUAGUCCUGCUGUUGAUGCAAUUGAUGAUGCGAUUGAUGAUGCUAAUGUUAGUGGUGGCAGGAGUGAAUUGAGGGACAAGUCCCCGAAAAAUAGGGGGGUUAAAAAUCCUAAAAUAAAUAUCUCCCUGAUUCAGAGAUCUAAUCAGGAUGUUGACUCGAGUUCUAGCUAUGAUUCGAGCUCUGAAACUAGUGAGUUCCAGAGCGACUGCCAGGAUGAUGAAGAGAUAGCCCUGGCGAUGCAGGCCGCGGAAAUUGCGAAUAGAAAUCAGAUUAGGGCGAAAUUCAGGUCCUCUGAGGAUCUGGUUCAUAGGCUGUUUGUUUGCAUUGCCGGGGUAGCUGAUCAGCUGCAGACUAACUUCGCUUCUGAUUUGAGGAAUAUUCUUAAGUGUGUCUUCCUUAUGAACAGUACUAGUGUGCCUGGGGAGACUGACCAGGAGAAUGUUGAUGCGAAGAAUAAUAAUAAUAAUAAUAAUAAUAAUAAUAUUGGUGGGACUGGUGAUGUUCAGUCGCCUAAUGAUGAUACUUUACAUUCCAAUGAGAUAUUGAGUAGUAGUCUUGAGAGACAAGACUUGAAUCAGGAAGACGAUGAUGAUGAUGAUGAUCAGGAGGAGGAUUCUAUUACCAGCAUUGGUAAUGAUAAUGAUACGAUGUGUCCUAUAACGACAGAACGCGGCGAGGAGUGUGUGGAAAGAGCGCCCGCAUGGAUUCCAGACAACGAUGCUCCGCGAUGCAUGGCUUGUCAAGCGGGAUUCACUGUCGUAAGACGGAGACACCAUUGCAGAAACUGCGGCAAAGUAUUUUGUGGGCGUUGCAGCAGCAACAAUGUCCCAUUACCUCGUUACGGACAUACUAAACCAGUCAGAGUCUGCAACAGGUGUUUUCUCUAUCAAGUCACGCCAUUUACUGUUUCUCAUGUCGCCUCUACUAGCUGAAUAGCUCUUUCAUGCGUCACUUUUCAUACGCUACUUACAUUCUACAUGUUACGAAACAUGACACAAGUGCUGUGUACUUUUUCGUAGACUUUACAUCUAAAUCUUAAUUAUCAUUUUAUCAACCAUACAUCUUCACUAUCAUAAUUUACUGUUUCAUCAUUGUUGAAUAUUUUACGUUGCACAGAUGUACAAAGAUUUAUUAUUAUUAUGAUUAUUGACACUCAAAUAUUUAAAGACAAUAACUC